CGUCUGCUAUUCCCUUAGUGUACACUGUAGACCCAGGUAGAUGUUAUUUGUCAUUGUCAUAGUUGAAUAAGAGAAAAUGGCGGAUUCGGACGUGGAAAUUGUUACUGAGGUAAAAACCAUCAGCAUUCAAGUAAAAACUCCGAAGGAAAAACAAACUGUAGAAAUUGAAGAAAAUGCCAACAUUAAAGCAUUUAAGCAGGCGAUCUCAGAGAAAUUUGGAAAUGCUCCGAUCGAAAACCUUUGUCUUAUUUUUGCCGGAAAAAUCAUGAAGGACACUGAAACUCUUACAACCCAUCACGUAAAGGAUGGUAUGACAGUUCAUCUUGUGAUUAAACAAACUCCAGGUUCAGGGACUACUACACCUUCUCCAGCUGGAGCAUCAUCUCCGGCACCUUCUACUACUCCUGCCCCUCCUCCUCCUGCAGCCAAUAUUGGUGCUUCUCCCUUCGGACUCGGAGGAUUAGGGGGGAUCGGAGGGAUGGGAAAUCUUGGAAUGGGUUCAGCGAACUUUAUGGAGAUGCAGCAGAGAGUUCAGAGAGAUCUUAUGUCCAACCCAGACAUGCUGAGACAGGUUAUGGAGAACCCAUUAACACAAAGCCUGAUGAGUAACCCUGAUGUUAUCCGUCAGAUGUUGGAAUCCAAUCCUCAAAUGCAGGAAGUGAUGGAGAGAAACCCUGAGAUUAGGCAGAUGUUAAACAAUCCUGAAGUCCUAAGACAGAUGAUGGAUAUAGCUCGGAAUCCUUCCCGACUUCAGGAGCUCACGAGAUCUAUGGAUAGACAAAUGCAAAAUCUUGAGUCAUUACCAGGUGGAAGGAAUGUAUUAGAACGUAUGUACCGGGAUAUCCAGGAACCAGUUCUAAACGCUAUGGGAGGACCCAACCCAUUCCAGGAUCUCCGACCUGGUGGUGCAGCUACUCCUAGUGUUCCUUCAACAGAGACAACAGCUCCAGCUCCUAAUCCAUGGUCAGCAGCUGCAGCAGCAUCUACACUACCGAGUUCUACUGGUGGUGUUGGUGCAGGAACAGCAGGAUCCCUGGGAUCAUUACUAGGACAGGCAGGAGCAGGAGGAUUGUUCUCAUCUCCGGGUAUGGAAUCCCUUAUGCAGCAGAUGUCAGACAAUCCAACUAUGAUGUCACAGAUGAUGUCUGCUCCGUAUAUGCAGAGUAUGUUUAGCACCUUGCAGCAGAACCCUGAACAAGCAGCAUCAAUGAUGCAAGGAGCUUUUGCAUCAAAUCCCCAGCUUCAACAGCAGAUGGGUUCCAUGAUGCCCCAGCUACUGCAGCAGAUGCAGAAUCCUAGUGUACAGCAGUUAAUGUCCAACCCUGAAGCACUACAGGCGAUUAUGCAGAUCCAGCAGGGGAUUGAACGGUUGAGAGUAGCUGCUCCUGAUGUAUAUAACUCAAUGGGUUUACCCUCCCUCCCUCCAGGCUUUCCUAAUCUAGGUUCUACUACACCCAAUUCAGGAUCUUCACCUGCCCCCGCCCCAGCAGCCGGGUCAACCUCCCCAGCCCCUGGUUCCGCCCCCCUACCACAGGCAGAUGUUUUCUCACAGUUCAUGACUCAGAUGAUUGGGCAGAUGAGAGCAGGUGAUGCUAACCAGCCUCCUGAGGAAAGAUUUGCAUCCCAGCUGGAUCAAUUGGCUAGUAUGGGCUUUGCAGAUAGACAGGCUAAUAUUCAAGCUCUGGUGGCAACAUUUGGAGACGUGAACGCUGCUGUAGAACGUCUUCUACAGUCUAGACUACAAAACAGUCUUAGCUAAAUAUAAAUAUUCUACUCACAGCUACAACUGUUAUUUAAAAUAGCCAUAUCUGUAUCUGUUAUUUUUGCUGACAGCUACAGCUGGUAUCUUACAACAUCUUAAGCUGUUAUCUGCUGAAAUUUCCAUCUCUGUUAUCUGGUGACAGCUCCAGCUCUGUUGUCUGCUGACAGCUACAGACGUUAUCUGAUGACAGCCACAACUGCUGUACGGUGACAGCUCCAGCUGUUAUAUGCCGACAACUCCAUCUGUUAUCUGCUAACAUUUCCAGCUGUUAUCUACUGGUAGUUUCAACUGUUAUAUGCUGACAACUCCAGCACUCAUCCUUUCCCAAGUUCCUUUCCGGGGUAUUCUGACGUGACUAAUUGUGAUUUAUAAAUAUGAUUUAUUAAUUUUCCUCAACACACUUAAAACCAACAUAUUGUAAUUAAGUUAUGGUCAAAAUUCAUGGUCAUUUCGUUAUUCGUGCAUUUUCUACUCACCUUCAGCUGAAGUUGGCAUUGUCCUGAUGUAUAAGCAACUUUCUUUUGUUACAGUUUUUCAUUUGUUUUGUUUAAAAAAUAAUUGCUUUGAUAUUUUUGAUUAAUAUGCCAUUGCAAGUGUAUUUGCUUUAACAUUCAUUCCUAAAGUAUUAUCUCCAGGCUUAAUUUUCAUCAAAUUCAUGUUUUCGUUAAGGAAAAUAAAUAUUCUCAGUCACGUUAAUAUUUGAUUCAAUAUUAUUUCAACACAUUUCUUAACACUGUUCGUGUUUAUACUGUACAAAGCCAACUAGUCCUCAUGUUUCUCUGUGUUGGAUCUAUCAAAGCUUCAAUCUAGAUAUGUGACGACUAAAGUCUGUUAAACUAUGUAUAUGCAUUACGCACGACUGAUCUUAGAAAAAACAAAAGGCAGUUGGAAUCGUUCAUAUCAUCAAGAAUGUAAAACCCUUUUUUUCUCGAAUUUUCGAACCUACAUCAUUUUUGAACUUGAUGUUUAGAGAACCUUCUAAAAAUUCCCCGACAGAUUAAAACAAGAAAGAGGAGUAAAUACUUGCUAUUUCGUAAGAGUUGAUUUUAAGUGUGCAUUUAUUUACAUUAAUAAAGAAUACUAUUUA